UUUACCGCCAUCUUUGAAUUUUGCGCGCCAGUGCAGUGUUCUUCUUUCAAACUUUUAAAAAACAAGUGACAAGAAAAGUUUUAAAAAGUGAAUUAAGUUCGUUUUCGUUAAAUUUAUUGGAUUAUUAUUUUUCGGUUUUUUUUUCGAAAAGGUAUUUUAUAGUGUUUACGUUUAGAUCUUGCCUGUGAUUAUUGCAAGUGUUGUUUUUUUUCCUCCUUUCGAAUUGUUUUCUAAAGGAUUUUAUUAUUCGUUUCCUUUCAAAGAUGGCACUGGAAGUGUUUUCAAAUUGACGGAAGACGGAAAGGCAGAUCGAUGGUUCCACAAAAGAUAAGGAGAUAAACCUAAAUACCGAUGAUACCAAAACAAAAACCACCGAGUUGACAGUAACCUAAUUUCGAAAUUGUGGUACCGAUAAUUCUGGUACCGCCAACCAAAUGUCCGAUGAAAUUGGUAUCAAAGAAAAAGCCGAUGACGGCGAUAAGGUAGCCAAAGACGAGAGGAACGAUACCGAUAUCGAAAAACUCGGUGCCGAAAAACCCAGUACCGACAUUACUGGUACCGAAAAUACUAGUACUGAAGUCCCGAAAGAAAUCAAACCAAGAUCAGUAUCAUUCAAUAGAGACGUUCACGUGAAAAGAUUCGGUAAACCGCGCGAAUCGUGGGGCUCCUCUGCGGAACCCAUUGUCAGAAAAGAACCUUUCACUCAUCUCUCCAAGCAAGAACUUAUCGAAGAAGCAAACAAAGUUCUAGCCCAAGCUGAAAAUAUCACUUGCACUGCUGAUCAUCCACCCGAGAAGUUCUUCUCCCUUCCACACAGGCGAAAGUAUAAAGAAAAAGAGGAUAGAAGAAAUAGCGAAGACGGCGGUACACCAGAGAAAGGCAAAACUCCACUAGGAAGGUCUACUAGCGAUGUAGGCAGGAAACGAGAGAGGACUUCCUUAUCUACCUUGUUUAGAAGAGCUCAGAAAGCUAAAAAUCCUCCUUCUAUUAUAGUCACCAGCCCAACACCAAGCAAGCCUGUAAUUGUGAAGAGAAGUAAAAGCGAUGUAUCCGACUUGAAAUCUAACACAAAUCUGAAUCCCCUAUCUAAACCUAUUAGGAAGAGAUCUGGAAGUGAGACUGAGGAGUUCUUAAAGUCUCUGAGAAACAAGAAGACUCAGUUAUCACCUAUAAUAGAAAGCUCGCCUAAAGAAGAUUACUUCAAGAAAACAUCACCGUUAGAAUUGUUACAAAAACAGAAACUAAUUCAAAAAGACAGUGUCAAAUCUGAUGAUUCGGUUCCAAAUUUGAACUCUACUGAUAGUAAAAAAGUUAAUCCAGUAGAAAAGCCUCCUAGAUACAAAACUCCAGAAAAAGUUGAGCCUAAACCACCCUUAAGAGCUAAACGAGGAAAAUCUCAAGAUAAAGAGAAAUCACCACCCAUAACAGAAACUCCUAAACGAAAAACUGACUUAAAUAAGACACUAUUGGUCGAUGAAAUAGAUUCAAUUAAAGGUAAGGAUAUAAAUCCAGUAGAAGUUAAAGAGAGGAUAAAGGACAGUAUAAGAAAGUUGGAAGAGAACAUUUAUGGUGAUAAAGAAAUGAAACAUAGUAGUCAGCAGCCUCCUGACAAACCACCUUUAACUAGAGGACAUACUGUUGAUCACAUAGUUAGAAUACUUAAAGAAGAUCAGCAAUCACCACCACCUAAGGUUCAUUUGAUUGCGCCUCCGAACGGUGCCAACACCAACGUAAAUCAACCUUUUUCGUACACCAAACCAAGUGUAAGUCCAGAUCCUAAUCUUUUUAUUAGGAAUACAAGUCCAGAUAGAGUACCAACACCUGUCAACAAAAUGGCUGAUAAGGGCGUUGUUUAUGCACAUGUAGUGAGAGACCAUGGAGAUACUGGUUCCAGUCUUGGUAAACAAACUGUACAUAAAACUUAUUCUCCCUCUAGAGAGAAAUAUAACCUUUCUGAUGAAGAUGAAGGCUUGGGUUAUGAAGAAAGACAUAAAUAUUCUGCAAAUAAAUUUGAUUACAAUUACAAAAAUGAUGAACAUGAUAAUUUCAAUAGUUUGGAAGGUCCUAUAAUUACAGAUUCACCUAUAAGGCCAAAGUUCAGAGAAUAUAAACUUACAAGCUUUGAUGAUUUUGAGCCCACAUAUGCUAAUGAAUAUCCCACAGCAAAAGAUAAAUCCCGUGACUACAUUGAUAGUUUUAGAGGAAGAGCUGAUGGUAUGGAUACAAAGAGAAAACCAUUUGAAACCGAAAUUAAAAUGGAUUUGGAUUUUAACGAAUUAAGUCAUAGGCGUCAGUUGUUAGAAUCUCGUUUAAACGCUCGAAGAUUUGAUGCGAGGAGGGAAAUGAAUCCAGGAGAACCGGUAUCCAGAUAUCUGGCCGAGACUGAUCCUAUCUAUGAAGCCGAAAAACGUAUGAAAGCAACUGAAAAAUACGUUAACGAGACUGCUAAAUACAUACAUCACACGUUAGAAAGAGAUGGGUUCACUGAAAGUAGCGCGACUGAGGAGUAUAACAGAUACGAUUCUGAUAACCACAAAGUGAAAUACAAUACCGAGUCAAGAACUUUCUCGAAAGUCCCUAAAGGAGAAUUAGAUAGAAGAGACUUUAUUGAUCGUCUGGAACCAAAAUACAAAGAUGGCAAAAAACAUUUUCCUCCAGAACCUGAAUACGAACCUCCUAGUCUUGAGUUCAGCGCUGGAAAGCCGGUUCUGUCUCCAGAUGAGUAUACGGAGAAGAAAUAUAAAGUCAAAAAGAACGUUACUCCUAGUCACGACGUUCUGCAAACAGGAAAGAAGUAUAACGGCAACAGCAAUUGGUUUGGCAAAAGGAAAGGACACUAUGCAUCCAAUCCUGAAAUUGCUCAAGAAAGGGAAGAUGAUUACGCCAACAUCCGAUAUAACGCAAACAAUGCUGAGGCAUAUCAUAAUUCUUUACGUAGAGUUAGGAAUAAAGACAGAUAUAAAGAAGACUAUGGUAUAAGAAGACAUGAUUCUGGUGAUAGCCGAGAUUACUAUCGCGAUGAUAAAUCUCCAAGGCGUUUUGAUAUUGACAAUCGACUUAUUGACUCUGGUAUUGAAAACGAUUUUCGUAAAGAUUCUGGUGAAAUACAUAGGUUUAGAAGGCAUGAAAGUGAUGAUGAUGUUAGAAACACUUCUUUGUUCUUAGCAAAUGAAAGACGGCAUACAGAAGACAAUUAUCCUAGUGAGCAAAUAUAUGCAAAUGGAGAAUAUGUGGCGAGGUUUAAAGACAAUAGAGACAAUGGUUAUACGAAGGAGUAUACGAGGGAGAGAAGUGCAGAGGAAAGAUCACACUUGGACCCAAAACGAUACGACAAAAGUCCUACGGAUGACAAAAUCAGUGCGAAACCUCCGAAGGCUACAAAGAAACUUUCUGGGCUUGAGAAGGUGAAACAGCUGUUCUCUCGCGACUCUUCUAAGAAGAGCAAGAAACGAGAGGAGAAGGAGCCCGUACCGAAGACUCGCACACGGGUGCUCAAGAGCCCUGAACAUCUUGCCAACGAUGACUCCGAGUACAGAAGGUACACUGACCCCGAACCAAGUGACAACGAAAUCGUAAAGAAGAAGGAAUACAAACUUGGUGAAAACUGCGAAGGUCGACAUUACCAUACCUCUAAAGAACAUCUGGAACGAUACAGAAGUCCUAGAGAUGACGAUAGACAACGCAGUUCAGCUGAAGAAUCUGAUAGACAAAGGUCUAGAGAAGAUCUUAGCAGAAACAGAAACGGGAAUUCAAGGGAUAACAUAAUUAGGCAGAGAAGUACAAUAGAGAAUCUGGAUAGACAAAGGAGCAAUAAGGAAGAUGUCAGGUACAGAGCGUCGAAAGAAGAUUUAAGAUACAGGAGCCCGGAUCCUAAAGAUAGCGAUGGUGAAAGAAAAUAUAGGGAGACUGAUUUUGUUGGAAGAUACGAACGAACAAAAGAAGAUCGCUGGUACAAGGAACGCAAAGAAGAUAGGAGAUAUAACUCAUCAGAUCGAGAUAGCGAGCUUCGAGUAUCUGAUGCUGAGCCUGACAGGAAGAUGACCAGGUCCAGGACUGCUGGACCUAUGGACUCACCAGCUUUGGCUGAACGUUACCGUGAGCGUCGUCGCCUUGCCACGCCGAGCCCAACACCUUCUCCACCGCCUCGAACAACACCUCCUCAGACUACUGCUGGUAAUUGGUUUAAGAGUCUCGAUCGACUGGCUAGGAAGAAGACUAAAGCCAAAGACACUAAGAUCGAAAAAGAAAGCGUCCUCACGACCGAAGACGAGUCCACCCGAAAAACCUGGUCCAAAACGUCCAAACCUCUCAAUUCUCCAGCUAAAAAUCUGCGUUUCUUCGGAGAUACAGACCAAGACUCAGACUCUAAUGUUAAGCAAACUGUCACUAAGUCCAGAAGCCAUCCUCAAACAAAAUCUCAUAAUACUUUGAGAAAAACAACCUCAAAUUCAAGCACAGGAUUGGACGAAGUCGACCAUGAUAUCGCUAACAAGAGCUACUCUUUGACCAAUCUGAAAGACAAAAGCGAAUUACCUAGAACAAAGCAAUACUAUAAACGAAAUCUACAAAACAUUUCAGAGAUACAUAGCAAUUCAGAAACAGAAAGUCAAUUAAACAGAAAAGCAAUGAAGCCCCCAAUAAGUCCUUAUGACAGAUCGAGAAGUCACAGCAGCUCUAAGACAUUGAAAGGUAGUAAAGGGGAUAUAAGAAGGCAUAGAAAUGAGGACAGAGGCAGUUCGUCUGAGUUGAGAAGCAGUAAACAGGAGCUUAGAGAUUUGAAACACCGUCGCCGCACUCCAGGAACCAAUUCUGGCGAGAGCAGCACAGAGGGCGAAUCUAGCCACCAAUCACAGCGCAGUGUAGUCUUCCUGCAUGCUACUACUGUUGGUGACAUCCCUGAUCCUGGCCACCUUUCGCGCAAUCGAUCCCGCGAUGAUGUUUCUUCGGUGAACUCCUCAAACCUGCAAGUUAAGAGCACUACCAAGAGCUUCUCAAUCUUUGCCCCGUGGACCCCGCGACACUACAACGACCAACACGACGUACAUUACUCGCAGAAAAUGAGAAAAUCCAAGUCGAAAGAACCAAUCUUCAAAAAAUCAUCAUCAACGAAAAACCUAAACGAAGACAGACCUACGUUACAGAAAAAUAAGUCUUACAGCCAAACAACUUUAACGCGUAAACCGCAAAACAACCGCUUGACUAGCUCCAGCACCACUUUGCACCGAAAACCAGAAAAACACAGAGAGAAUUCAUCAGUACAGGGUUCAACCGUACGGAAAAGUGUUGCCCGCGAAAAGAAAAGUCAAUCGAGUGAGAUUUUGAAUCGAGAUAGCGACAGGGAAAGACUGUCUAGGUCGAUUUCCAUGCCUAAAGAUAGCAACAAAAAAGCUGGCUGGUUUAAAUUGGCGAAUAAAACUAAAAAACAAGAAAAUACUAGAGUUCGUUAAUUAUUUGAUUCUUUUUCUUUUUUAUUCUAAGAUACUUAUUUCUAAGACUAUCUUCUAUAAGGCUUUAUAAUUUCGUCUAGUGACCGUGGUGGCGAAUACCGCCCGUAUUUGACACGGGUUUUUCUCAAAGGGAUUUACCCAUUUCUGUCCAACAUCGUGGGCAGAAACGGCGAAUAUGGAAUAUGGUAUAAUUCCACACUUAGGUACUUAUUACAAAUUUCUAUGUAAAAAAUCAAUUAACCAUUUAUUUAACUUGUGACUUAUGCAUACCUCCGAAGUUCCGUAAUUAUUGACAUACAACCAAAGACAAAAAAAUGCAAUACUUCCUGGACUUUUUUAUUUUUGUGAAGGGACGUGCUCUUUAGCUCCAACAGAUUGUGUAACGAAGAAGUUGACAAAUUUUGUGCCUGUCUAAUAAAUUACAAUGAAAUUAAAUAAAUUAUAAAUAAUUACAAUAAAUUCUUAUUGUUUUUAUAUAGAAUCGUCGGAUUCUUCUCUAUAUGAACGGGAUUCAUCGCUUGAAUCCUCAUUAGCAUUAAUUAUUAAUUCUUGAGUACACAAAUUGUCAAACGCAACAUCACGGUCACAAUCAGACAAUAUCUUUUUUUUUGAGCCCGCUCAAAUUCACAAUUUAAACUUCUUCGUAAAUAAAAUCGAUUGUUAAAAAAAACAGAACCGGAAACGCAUUAGGACAUCACUAAUUGAUUAAAAUUGGAGCUGUCAAAAGUGAAAUAUGUAAAUGGUUGGACGAAUUAUAAUAAACACAUUAGAAUUCGAUUUUUAUGAAGAUCGAUUCAAGCGCAUACUAUCUAUAAAAUUUUUGUAUCGGUAUAAUUCAAUGCGAUUUUCAAACGAAUCCAUUCAAUAGAAACGCAAAUCGAAUCUUCUAGAUCAGAAAGCGAUAAACCUUUCUUGUAAUAAUAUUUUUUGUAAUAAUAUUCAUUCAAUCACAUUCAAUUUGAAGAAAACUCGGUUUUCAACAAAUAUUUAGUUGUAAAGCUUUUGCUCUCGAUUUCGGGCGUCUGGGUUUUAACCUGACUUAAACAUUAUUAACAAGGCGCCGCGCCGCCGAGUUAAAACCCGGGCACUUAUCCAUCUCUGGACACAACUCGGAGGACAGUGAACAAGGGGAAUUUCAGUUCGAAGAAUUUAGAACAAAAUUAUCAUUUGUUUAACCAAAUUUGUCAUUGACUGUCAUUGACUUACAAAUAAAUGGACGACGGGUCUAAUACAAAAACCACGAAAAAAUUACCCAAGUAACCUAUUCGAAAUUUAAAUUGUUAUGUCAUCGCAGUAUCGCGCUGUCCGUAGAACAA